CUUUCAACGGCCUGAGGUGAAUCAGCACCUGCUGUCCAGGUGCGAUACAAUCGGAGGGUUUGGUGGAUAACAUGCUGGGGCCUGACGCGCCUUCGUUCCACCUUUCUGGACUGUAGGGCACCGGCAAGUGAUGGAGGAAUGUACAGCGUUGUAUGGGAGCUUUGUUAAAAAAGGCCUCCUUGCAAGGUGGUUCCAGGCGCACGGGGAGUGCUUCCACGAGGUUCCACUUCAACGGUGCCAGUGACCCUCUACCACUGGCAUGGUAUACAACUUUACAGUCCAGCGGUCUAACAGCUCUUAUCUUUCCCUUGAUUAUCCCUUGUCCAGAAGACAUUGACAUUCGUCUGAGAUAUAUAAAUCCUGGGUAUCCAAACAUUAGUCGAAAUAUCUUCCACCCUACAACCUCCUCCAGAUAUUUUCUUUUCCAUACUGCUAUAACACAACACAGGUCACUCAUCCACUUGAUACUUUAUACUUUGCCUUUUGCCCAAAGAUUCAAUCCACUCCAUCUGAUCAUCAGUGCUUGGAUACAUUGCAAAAAUGGGAGCCUCAGAUGCAUUCCUCGAAGCAGUCAAAACCCGCCGCUCAAACUACACCCUCUCCUCCGAAACCACCAUCCCAGACUCCAAGGUCGUGGAAAUCGUGCAGACAGCCAUCAAGCACGCUCCCUCAACGUACAAUGUCCAAUCGGCGCGUGCAGUGGUCCUUUUUGGAGAGUCGCACCAUAAGUUCUGGGACAUUGCGACAAGCCAUAUUUCGGCGCUGCCGAUGGACGAAAAUGCAAAGAAGUACCUGACUUCUCGGCUCAGUGGGUUCAGAGGUGCUCAUGGAACGGUGUUGUUUUUUGAGGAUCAGGCGGCGUUGGAUACGUUGGGGACCAAGAAUGCUAUGGUUCAGCCGAUGUUGACGGAGUUCUCCGAUCAUUCCUCAGGCAUGCACCAAUUCAUCGUCUGGACCGCCCUCACCGCCGAAGGACUAGGCUGUAACUUGCAGCAUUACAAUUUCCUGCCUGCCAUCACGGCCGAGACAUUGUCUGCUUUUGGACUGCCGGAGACGUGGAAGCUCAAAGCCCAAUUGGUCUUUGGGAAGCCGACUGCGCCGCCGUUGGAGAGAAGUUAUUUGCCGAUUGAGGAGAGGGUUUUGGUUAAGGAGUGAGGUUGAGAUGCAGUGGUGGAUGAUGCAGGGUACUAGGAGCGGGAGAAUAGGAUAGAAUGACGGGAUAGAUAGUAGAUAGUAGAUGCUAGAUGCUAGAUACUAGAUGUUAGGAGGUCACAAACUGAAGGCUGAUCUACGAUCCACUGGCCGAUCUUGUGAUGUGCAGUGGAACGCAGAUUUGGCGUGGAAGUUGAACCCGGUGAAUGUGAUGCCAGGCAUACAAGUAUGCUGAUUGAAUAGACUUGACAUCCAACUGGAGUGGCAACCCCCCGACUUGGACUUGAAGCUUUGGAUUCACUGCAGGCGGCGGUUCGGAUCUGUGUAUCGUAUACAGUAUCUUGGGUCUAGCGGAGAGCUUCUCUUCUGUCUUGAUGUCAAUGUCUUCUUUGUCUUGCCCUCGACCAAAUAUCUUCAUUUCUGAUACAUACUCUACAUUCUUUCCUUGAUAGCUUCCGCGGCGUCCCAUCCAUUCUGAAGACAAAGAACCACCAUCACUGCAAUAUCACUGACCAAGUCUAAAUCUAAAUCUUAUCCAACCUCGCCAACCGUCUCUGCUGCUCCCUCUUCUUCUCCUCCUGCUCUUCCCUCUCGCGAGCG